AUGCUUUUAGAUGAGGAAAUGGAGCAAUUACGAAACGCCGUUCAGCGUCUUAUGGCCGACAAUGAGGAGAAGAGUCAUCAAAUCAACAGCCUACGCAAUGCUCUGGAUGAGCAGCUGCGAUCCAGGUCCCAGCAAGACGACUACUAUUCGGCGUCUCGAUGGAAUGAACAGCCUGCAUACGACCUGAACACGCAAAUACGGCGGUUGUUACUGGAGGAGCCAUCUGAGCCAAUGACACAUUCCACCUCAUUUCCCGUUCGUUUAUGCUCUUCUUCUUACCAAAGAGGAACUAUACAGCCAUCCUCAUCCUUUACUUCCUCUCUUUCAAAUGCCUCUUCAUAUCAUAGUUGGUCACAAGGUGGUAAUCGCCAUUUGUAUCCCACUGUUGCUGGAACUCGAAGCGAGCAGAGCUACCGUUCCCCUUCUUCUCCGGCUGCUCGUCAACUAGCUGCCGAGCUGGACGAGUUACGGCGGAUAAGCAAUGAAACCCACAGAAAUCCCUCAUACUCCUCAACCAGUUUGCCGCGUGGAAUGGGCAAUAAGGCAUCAUCCACGUUAGCGCUACCAACGAAAAAGUACUCACUAACGUCCGGAACCUCUGCAGGUGAGAAAAAGGAAACCCUUUAAAU